AUGUUCGAAAUGUUUGGAGUCCUUCCGUCGACGUUUGCAACAAUGCUGUGCAACAAUGAGGUCGCGUUGGGACUUGCGUUGGAGAACACGGACCAGGCGAGUGUUCAUUACACAUCGAAAGGGGCGCAGUGGGCACCGCAAGUGGCUGAUCGGGAGCCGUUGGUGCAUUGGGUGUGCCCGUCCAGUGCGUACCUUCAGAACGCAAUGUUCAACGGCUCGUGGCACAGGAUCUUUAUGACGGGAACGCUGCUGUUCGGCGCGGACGGAACGUUUGGUUGUCAGAAGCAGGAAUGA